CUUUAAAUACAGCCGACCAAGCUAAAGUGUACAGCAAAAUACAUCUCUUAACAUGUGUAUAAAAGAUGCACCCCCCCACUGUCAUCAAUCAGGCCAGUCAAUUUUUAAUCUGAUCUAUGAUUCUACUUACAUCCAGAGUAAAUCCAUUAUACCUAAACCAGCUCAGUACAGGUUCAGAAUUCGGAACAAAGCAUGCAGAUCCCUGUGUAAAAGUAAAUAUCUGUAUGUUGGAGUUAAAUACAUCAUCAUCAAGGGUCAACCUGUUUGGAGUGUGAUGAAAAUUCUCUCCCUCAAUUCUUCUUGCAGAGGAUUGAGGUUAGGAUGGGAACUCUUUCCCCAACUUGCUUUGGAGCAGACCAAAAAGGUCACAAUCCCAAGAAGUGAAGGACAGGAUGGGUUCAGGAUCUAUGAAACUCGGGUGAGGUAUGGUUAGAGGAGCACAAUGCCUAGUAUACUAGAAGGGUCAACACCUGAGUUCCCUGUACUCGUCAACAUGCGGCACCAUUACAAUGAUCAACACACGCGAGUUCAACAUAAAUUGAACAUUCCAAGUAUUUUAGCUUGUUUUACAUGCUGUGUGUGGAGAAUAUGGGUUGGAAUUAUGGAUAUUGGUUGUCUCACUCAAAGUUGAUGUGGGACAUACUCAAGUCCUUCUGUUGAG